UAAAAUAGUUUGAAACGAGAAUAAAAAGAAAAAACCUGAAUAGUAAAACUCCCACUUUUAACUGCCUUUCUCCGCCGUCGCAUCGUUGCUGUCAUACACCGCUGCCCCCGCCCAUGUUGCACCUCCUUCCUCCAUUUUUCAGUUUUUCUCCACUGUGCAUCAGAAUCCACUUUUCAUGUAUUCUAGAGCGUUCAAUUUGAAGAGUUGCAUUUGAGAAAUGGCAUCGGCUUUGAUCUCGCGUUCUUCGCGUAGGUUUCUCAAACCUUGUUCUUCUUCGGUAUCUCUUUACCCUGCCAUCUUCAAUCCUGUGAUUUCUUCUCAACAAUCGGCAAGCCAAAACCCCUCUCAAAAUCCCCCAUUCAAGCUACCCCAGCUCCAAAGUUUCAAUUUUGAGUUCCGUAAAACUACUGGGUCUCUCUCAAGUUUCCACCUUGUUGCGCACGUGUCCACGUGGCCUUCCAAGGAGAACAAGAACCACCAAAGUGGUGGUAAUGUGAGUAGUAGUUGGGUUGAAUUGUACUUGCCUAGGAAGGUUCAGCCCUAUGCUCGCCUUGCUCGCCUUGAUAAGCCAAUUGGGACAUGGUUGCUUCUAUGGCCUUGUAUGUGGUCAAUUACCCUGGCUGCUACCCCAGGUCACCUUCCUGAUUUUAAAAUGUUGGCUCUGUUUGGAUGUGGGGCUUUGCUUUUAAGAGGUGCCGGAUGUACUAUUAAUGAUCUCCUUGAUCGGGAUAUUGAUACAAUGGUAGAACGGACAAAGUUGAGACCUGUGGCAAGUGGUCUUUUGACACCAUUUCAAGGACUUUGUUUUCUUGGUUUUCAAUUACUUUUGGGUCUUGGGAUUCUUCUACAACUGAAUAAUUAUAGCCGUGUUUUGGGUGCCUCAUCCUUGUUGCUUGUCUUCUCCUAUCCCCUCAUGAAGAGGUUUACAUUUUGGCCUCAAGCCUUUCUUGGGUUGACCUUUAACUGGGGGGCUUUGUUAGGAUGGGCAGCAAUUAAAGGAAGUCUGGAUCCAUCUAUUGUGCUGCCACUCUAUGCCUCUGGAGUAUUUUGGACUCUUGUGUAUGAUACUAUCUACGCACAUCAGGACAAAGAAGAUGACCUGAAAGUGGGAGUUAAAUCAACAGCUUUGCGCUUUGGUGAUUCAACAAAGGAGUGGAUUACGGGGUUUGGGAUUGCAUGCCUUGGUGGUCUUGCUGUUAGUGGAUUUAAUGCUGAAAUAGGCUGGCCAUAUUAUGCAUCUCUGGCAGUUGCAUCUGGACACUUGGGCUGGCAAAUAUGGACAGUUGACCUUUCUUCACGCGCUGACUGCAAUAGGAAAUUUGUUUCAAAUAAGUGGUUUGGAGCUAUCAUAUUUGGUGGAAUUCUGGCUGGAAGACUUUCAUCCUAGCGAUCAAUUCAUUAUCCAUUAGUUUAAGUUUCAUUGAUGAUUAGGCCCCUCAGGAUAUCAUCCAGCGUAUUAAAUCUAUUCCCCCUCCUUCCUUGGAUGAUGAGGAAGAUGAGUCUGGCCUGGAAAUCGUUUGGGUGAGUUUUCAGUCUGUAGUGCUUAUAAUCUGAUCGCCAAUGGAUUGGAUAGCCAAAGUGAUACUGCGUGGAACAAAGUUUGGAAGCUCAAAGUUCCUCAGACUUCGGACUUUCAUUUGGUUGAUGAAACAUGGUAGAUUAUCCACUGCUCAAAGGAUUGCCAAGUGGAGUAGUUCAGCACCCACUUGCUAUGAUUGUUCUUCCAUUAAUGAGUCAAUCCUUUAUGUUUUUCCCUCCAUUGCAUAUUGAUUAUGUGAGUGAGUGAGAAAUUAUAUAAAUAUAAAAUUAUUCAUAUCAUUAUUAUGAUUUUUUUUCCUUCA